GCUACGAGUUCGUUGAUUGAGGAGAUGGCAAAUUUUGGUGGACCAACAAUGCUGAAACGAACACUGGGGUUACAAGAGGACAGAUAUAGCCAAUAUAUUGGGCCAACGACCGAUUUUGAACCCUCACUUAUAGACCUGUCUCCCUUCGAUCCUCAAGACGAGAGUCUGUUGUCGAGGGGUACUUUAAGGAAGGUGAGUGAUGGGCACACUUUCUUAAUGCUCCCGGAUUACAGUACGCCCGGUCACGAGCACGUAAUUGAGGAUGCGGAUGCAAUUGAGAAUAUUGUUGCUCCUCAUGGGCCGGCUCUUCUUGAAUUAUACUUUCGAAUAAUUCAUCCAAAUUUUCCGAUACUUCAGAAGACAGUUUUCUUCGAGAAGUACAACCGCUCAUACCGGGAAUUCUCACCCCCUAUCCUAGCUGCGGUAUACAUCUUGGCUAUCAACUGGUGGGAUCACAGCGAAGAGUUGGCAGGCCUUCCCAGACCGGAUCUGAGGGAGCUGGAACGACUUGCGCGCGUGACCUUGGCGGAUGCCAUGUAUAGGCCGAAGUUGUCUACCGUUCAAGCAGGUCUCUUGCUCUCCCAGCGACCGGAAGGAGAUCAAUGGGCACCAACAGCCCAACUGGUGGCGAUUGGCCAAGAACUAGGUCUCCACCUCGACUGUACAAACUGGAAAAUUCCGCUCUGGGAACGUGGACUGCGAAAACGUCUCGCAUGGGCUUUGUAUAUGCAGGACAAGUGGGGGUCUCUGGUACAUGGUCGGCCCUCCCACAUAUUCGCCUCAAAUUGGGCCGUGCAACCCCUCACCCCCAGCGACUUCCCAGAUGUCGAAUUUGACGAAUCAGACAGUGAGGAGAGUGCCGAAUAUGAAAAGGGUCGCCUCCUAUUCACGCAGAUGAUCAGCCUCUCAAAAAUCCUCGCCGAGGUUCUGGAUACCUUCUACACACUUCAAGCCAUGGCUACUGUCACAGCAGCCGGAUCACAAGGCACACAGUUGGUGCUCCAACUGGCGAAGCCCGUGCAGCUGCAGCUAAAAGAUUGGUUUGCUGCGUUGCCUUCUUGCUUACGGAUGGAUUCAUCCUCGUCCAGUUCCCAAAGGUCGAACAAGCUCUCCUCAACAGGCUACCUUCACCUUGCCUACUUUGCUACAGAAAUAACCCUCCAUCGCCGAAUUAUCCGCUCCCUGGCUCCUUCCGGCCAGGGCGACGUAAAACCAUCUCUCGAUCCAUAUGUCCUUCAUAUCUGCCGGUCGGCAGCGAAAACACGUCUAAUAUCUGCAAUGGAUUUCGUGAACCGUCUCACAUCGUCUCACCUUCGCGCGUUCUGGUAUUUUGCCUCCAAGACGAAUUUUGCGUUAAUAGGAACAUUCGGUAGUUUAUUGUGGGCUACAGCGCCUGGUCGGGAGGAGGCCGAAUGGUAUAGGAGACGUUUAGCGGAAUACAGAUGGACAUUAGGGGUGUCGUGCAAAGGUGGCAACGGAGAGGGUGGAAAUGGACGGUUGACAGAAUUUGCAAUGGGCAUGCUGGAUACGUCUACCGGUCUACUUAAAGCACUGCCGGAAAAACCUGCCCUAAGCCGGGUCGGGAGCGAGGCGGAGAACCUCAGUAAUGGCAAUCGACGGCAGGGAAAUCCGGCUGAGGGAUAUGGCUACGGCAGCUAUGGAGGAAGCAGCAGUGGUGGUUUCGGGAUUGGUGGUCCAAGAGGGCGCGAGAGCAGCGUCGGUGAUACUGAAGAUACAGGCUUGGCUAUCAGAAGCGGCCUGGCCAGUCCCAGCACGAGCGUGAGCAGCAGUGGCGGGAGUGCGGCCGGCUAUGAGAACUACAUGGUCCCGUCGAAUGGAUACAGUGCGCCCGGUGCUGAUGACGGCUAUCGAUGAGAUGAGCGCACGAGACAUUAUGUGUGUAAGAGCAUGGGGGUUUACGAUUUAUGAUUACUGAUAGCGAUGCAUAUUGUGCGGAUGGUC